CGAUUUUAAUGUCGUGUUUUCUGAUUCAGGCGUUAUCUAUUUUUGUAACAGUCGUGUGACAACUACAUCCGUGUGUAGUUCUCAUUUGGAAAAGAAAUAAACAUCAUCAGGUGAAUCUCUUUAGCAAAACAUGUCUACCCUUUCGCUAAGUUUGUACAUUUACACGGUACUGGUAUGUUUAUAUCCGUAUGUAGAAGCAUUCAGUUCCUGCAAAGAAGUAUACUUGUCAAAGAAUCGAAAUAACAGUGGAGAAUACGUACUUUAUCAUAACGAAAAACCUGUUAAGGUAUAUUGCUUCUUCGAGGGAUAUUGGGUGUAUACAUUUAUAUCAAAGUCGUCGUAUAACACACCAAUUGACAUGUCAAAAUUAUACACCGCUAGAAACUUUGCUAAAAUCCGUAUCAGGUGGAACAACGGUACACAAAAUGAAGUUACUGUAGAAAAUUUGACAGGAUAUCAAAAUAAGUCUGACCUCUACUUCGGAUAUAACAACCAUACUUCAUACCAAGGACCUCAAAGCAAAAAUGCCGAUUAUAUGUCGCCAUAUUUGUUUCUCGGAUUUUUACCAAUUAGCUUGACAAGAGACAAAACUAUACAAGGAUACCGUGCUGGAGACAGGGAUUUUACCUUCAGAAACUGUGACGCUAAUCCAAAUAGUUACAUUACUUUCUAUUUUAAUCCGAAUAGUAGCCAUCCGAGAAGAGUUGGUAAUUCAGACAUCUUUAUGACCGGUUGGAUGGAUUAUUCAUCAUUAAUAGAUAACAGUUUAUCCAUGGGUAGUGAAUUUUAUUUUGAUUUUGAAAUGCAUAUGGGAGGUUGUGGUGGAUUUAUGACAUCAUAUUCUGUAUCUAAUAUCAAAGUAGCUUUAGGAUUACCGUCUGGGCUUUUAACAAAUUCUGCAGCACAUGAGGAAGAUAUUGGAGAUAUGGGAAAUACAGGGAUGAUAAUCGGACUGGUGAUCGGUUUGGUACUGUUAAUAUGUGUUGGCGUCGUAGCAGUAAUAUUUAUAAAAAGAUAUAUUGUUACGAGUGAAAAAAGGGACAUUUUCAAAAAUGAUAUUACUUCAGAUGACUAUACAAUUCCAACAAAGAACGACCAAAGCCACGAGUAUCAUACCCUAGAAAAUAGUAAAAAACCAUACAUGAAUGUUGCUAGUGUAUCAGGCAGUCGUGCUGUGUCUAACUCUGAAUAUGACUACGCCGCAAAUGAAUAUGUUGACCUUGACCAAAUAGGAUUAGGAAAUAGGGAAUCGAAUAAUGAUCAAUAUGAAGUCGUGGAACAAAAACAGGAUAUGAAAUAAACUUCUUAUUUGACGACAGACAAUACCUUGACGAAAACAAUUCUCAAUGUGUGUCAAAAUAAAUUAAAAAAAAACUGGAAACAUGUAAAGCACUAUUGAAAGAUAUAGAAAUCGGUAAAGACAAAAUGGCAAAAUGGCCAGAACAUUAGUGCAUUUAUGUGACAAAUCAUUGCGUGUCAAAGAGAACCAAUCAAGGCAUCAAAGAAACAAAAUUAUCUUGAGUACAAAACACUGAACAUGUAUAUAUGUUUAUGAUAUUGCAAAUUA